AUGUACGCAGAAGCCCCACAACAACCCAAGCCUUGGGCAUGGACACCUUUGAUCGAGAGUCGACCGCUAUCAGAAGCAGCAGGAUGUAGAGUCUUCCUGAAACUGGACAACCUGCAGCCAUCCGGCUCAUUCAAGUCCCGCGGUGUAGGCAACUACGUCCUUCAACGUGCCGCCGAACGCAUCUCAGAAUCUGGAGUUCCCAACGCAACACACUUUUAUGCAGCAUCAGGUGGCAAUGCAGGCAUUGCCUGUGUUCACGCUGCCAGAACACUUGGCUACCCUGCCACAGUCGUUGUACCCAAGAGUGCUAAGCCAGUCAUGAUUGCAAAGAUCUGGGCCAUGGGAGUCAAACAGGUUAUUCAACAUGGAUCUACAAUCGCUGAAGCACAAGAAUACAUCCUCAACACUCUUUUGCCUGCCGAUCCAACCGGUGUUUUCGUUCCUCCUUUCGACCACCAGGACAUCUGGGACGGCAAUGCAACUGUCAUGCAGGAGAUUGCAUCUCAACUCGGUGACAAGCCUGAUGUUGUCGUCUGCAGUGUCGGUGGCGGAGGUCUCCUCAACGGAAUCAUGCAGGAAUUGGACCACAAGAAGUGGAAUAACGACGUUCAGGUCCUCGCCAUGGAAACCAAAGGAGCUGACUCGUUGAGCCAGAGUCUUGAGUCUGGUCAAAUCAUCACUCUUCCCAGAAUCACAUCACAAGCCACCAGUCUUGGAGUUGUCAGGGUCGCAGAGAAGACUUUUGAAUAUGCUCAGAGGCCUAACGUCACGAGUGUUGUCCUCACCGACGAACAAGCUGCCAAGGGCUGUUGCUUGUUGGCUGAGCACGAAAGAAUGAUGGUUGAGCUAACUGUUGGCGUCAACGUCCCUGUCUGCUUCGAUGGCUUCCUACAGAGUCUACUGGCUAACAAGAAGACAAUCACCAAGGACAGCAAGGUGGUCCUGGUAGUCUGCGGCGGUAACGACAUCUCACUUGACAUGCUCAUGGCCUGGCGUAUGGCUAUGGUCGGCAACGAGACUGUUCAGGAGAACACCACAACCAUGACCGCAAGAGUCGGAGCUACUGGAGUAACAGCUUGA